UUUGAAGGUGUUGGUGUUUUCUUCCUUGUGUGUUUCCGACUCUUCCUGUCUGUCCUCCCGUCAGACCUAUCGGACGCCAUCCUGCAGUCGAUGCAGCGGAGCCGCCGCCUCCUGUUCGUCCUCAGCCCCGCCUUCCUGACGGAGAAGAGCGUCAGCCUCCUGGAGUGUCGACUGGGCCUGCACCUCCACCGUGGCCACCAGGCCUCCGUCGUCACCGUCGUCUACCGCUCGGUAAGUAAACUGAGCUGCGUGGAGGCGGCUCAGGUCCGACAGGCCGCCGUCAGCGCCCCCAAGUGGCGAGGGACCCGGUCUGAGCCGCGGCGGUCGCGAUUCUGGUUGCGGCUGAGGCUGGCGCUGCCCGUCCGGCCGCUCGCCAUGGGCAGGAGGCUGAUCGACAGCACCUCGUCUCACUCGGACCUGGCUGCGCUGGCGCUGCAGAGAGCUCAACGGUACCAGAACCAGGACCAGAACCGGAGAGACAGAACCAAUCAGUGUCACAGAGACAGGUGGGCCUCGGCCAAUAAGAGCCGCAGAGACAGAUUGGUCCGCCCCCAGGGGAAGGGAAGUGUGAAGAGUUGGGGUCCAUGCAGGGAGGAGGGCUCUAAGCACAGCCGGAGCUGCCCGGGGUCCGCUGGGUUUGUUGGCCAAGUGGACGACAGAGGGGAGGAGCUUACGCUGGAGACAGAGAUGCAGCAGGUGACACGUGACCGCACUGAGAUCCGGUCAGACCCUGUCCCGGAAACAGACCCCACCCCAGGUCCAGACUCCGCCCACGACACACACUCAACCCCUAACCCCGCCCACAUGCCCGCCCUGGCCUCAGACCCGGCCCCUGACCCGCCCCAUCGGUGAGGAGGACAGAGAAAGAGGAGGAGCUUGUGCUGCGUUCAAGUCACAACAGAGAGGCGGAAAAAUACACAUACUGAAGUUUCUCUGGCAACAUGAGAAAUGAGAUAAAAUCUUAGAGAAUCAACAGAUCCAGGAAUGUAAGAAAAACAAAAGUAAAACAAGUCUGGUUAGCGCCCUCUAGAGGCCACGGUGCUCAUCACAACCACACGCCGUCAGAACAAACCUCCUCGUGUUGAGAGUCGUGUUUGUCCUGCGGACGAUGCUGAGGAGACGUAGUGAAGCAUCUUCUUCUGAGGAGCACGAACUGAUUGUGAUAUUUUAAUAAAAAUGAGUUAGUAUCUAAGGAUUCAUGUUGACAGUGGCGUUGGCCUCCGUUCCACAUGAGCUCAGUUCUACAUGAAGUAAAAACAGCAUGAAAACAAACAUGAAGAGUCAAAACGACGUCCUUCAGUGGAAAAUAUCAAGUUCACGACUGAACUGGAAAAUGAGUCACAGAUCAUCGUCUUCACCGCCGACGAUUCAAAUCUGACUGAUAGACACGAAACACAUCAGUGACCAAGAGCUGCGAUAAAGUUAUCGAUGGAUCGAUCAACGUCCAGAGUUCAGCCUCUUUACUUUCUUCCUCCGUGGAGCCGACACGUCGCCGGUCUUCACUCACAGUUACUGAUCAGAGAAAUUCAUCUUUUCAUUCAAAGCCCCAGUGUCAUUUUUGUAAUUUUCUGGCGCCAUCUAGUGGUAAAGUGUCAAACUGCAACUUUAUGGUGUCGCACCGCUGAUUCCAUCUCCUGUUU